CUGAAGGAGCAAAUCAUGACCACAAACGUCUGGGUCGAUCACGAAUGGCGCGACCACAAGUUCCACUGGGACCCGGACGAGUACGGCGGAGUCAGGGAGCUGUACGUGCCCUCGGAGAUCAUAUGGCUGCCGGAUAUUGUCCUCUACAACAAUGCUGACGGCGAGUACAUCAUCACCACCAUGACAAAAGCUGUGCUGCACUACAACGGGAAGGUGGUGUGGUCUCCCCCGGCCAUCUUCAAGUCGUCCUGUGAAAUCGACGUGAGAUAUUUUCCCUUCGAUCAGCAAGAGUGCUUCAUGAAGUUCGGUUCGUGGACUUACGAUGGCUAUCAGAUUGACCUGAAACACCUAGACCAGCGUCAAGGAGCUGACCACGUCGAGGUGGGCAUCGACUUGAGGGAAUAUUACCCCUCUGUCGAGUGGGACAUCAUGAGAGUGCCAGCAGUGAGGAAUGAGAAAUAUUACCCGUGCUGUCAGGAGCCAUACCCUGAUAUCUACUUCAACAUCACGCUCCGCCGGAAGACGCUCUUCUACACCGUCAACCUCAUCAUUCCGUGCGUCGGGCUGGAGUACCUCUCCGUCUUAGUGUUCUACCUCCCCGCGUACUCCGGAGAGAAGGUGGCCCUCUGCAUCAGCAUCCUCCUCUCGCAGACGAUGUUCUUCCUCCUCAUCUCGGAGAUCAUGCCCUCCACGUCCCUGGCAGUGCCGCUCCUGGGGAAGUACCUCCUGUUCACCAUGCUGCUGGUCGGGCUGAGCGUCGUCGUCACCAUCAUAGUGCUCAACAUUCAUUAUCGGAAGCCCUCCACGCACCGCAUGGCUCCCUGGGUUAGAAAGGUUUUUAUAGACAAGCUUCCGCUGCUGCUGCUGAUGCGCGUGCCGAAGAAGGGCGAGGUCGAGGGCGAGAGGCAAGAGGCCGGAGGCGGAGUGCCACGCGAGAACGGGAACGGCACCAGCCUAAGGGAAAGGAUUCGGGACACGCAGCAGUUCCCAGGUUCGUCCUACAACGGGCUCCGUCCCCCUGGCGGCGGCGGCGGCGGCGGCGGCGGCGGCGGUGGCGGCGGCGGCGGCAGCGGCGGCAGCAUCUCGAGCGGCGGGGGAGGCAUGCGGGGGAGCUGCCUCGGGGGGGCGGCGGACGGGGGCACCCUCGACCUGGACGGCGACGACCUGGCGGGCAGCCCGGGCAUGUCUGGCGGGUCGUCGCGCUACGACACCCGCUUCGGCGACCUGCCCGAGUGCUUCCACAUCUCCCACGAGGAGCAGGCGCGCUACCCCUGCGAGAUCCAGCGCGCCAUCCACAACGUCAAGUUCAUCCACUUCCACAUGGUGCAGCAGGACAAGUUCAAUGAGGAGGACGACGACUGGGCCUUCGUCGCCAUGGUCCUGGACAGACUGCUGCUGUGGGUGUUCGGCCUAACGUCUGUGGUGGGAACGGUCGUGAUCCUCUGUGAGUCACCCUUCCUCUACGACUCCACAGACCCGGUCGACAUGCUGUUCAGUCAAGUUGGGCGCACUUUGCGAGGAGAAGAUCUGGAUAUGUAGAUGCCAUGUUGCUGCAACUUUGUGACGGCGACGAGAAAAAAAAGAAGAGAACGGUGUAGACUAUUUGCGCAUUUCGUGUUUAGGUGUGUCUGUGUGCGUGCGCGUGGUGCCUGAGUGUGUGUUUGUGCGUGUGCGUGGGUUUAUCUGCGUAACGUAGAGCUUCACCUAGGAAAGUUGGAGUAAUUUUGUGUCCGAUGAGGUGUUGUUUUUACCUUGAAUUACCGCUCAAUAGACAAGUAUAACUUGAGGUAACAGUGUGUAGUGCAGAACCUCGAGUUCUAUAAAUAAAACGAAAAAACAAUGAUGGCUUUGACUUUGAAGAAAAAA